AUGGCCCUCCACCUUGCAUCACCAUCCCCUGCACCAUCCAUCGUGCUCGCCUCUCCGGACCGGAGGCUCCGACAGGGGCUCCCGACUGUCCUAUCCCCGAUCGAUGGCUUGUCAUUUCCUCAAUGCAGAGUUGCAGAUAUUUUUGACAGGUUUAAAGAUGAGAAGGGCAACUUUAAAUCCAACUUGAGCGAUCAAAUUAAAAGUUUGUUGAGUUUGUACGAGGCUUCUUAUCUGGCAGCGGAAGGAGAAGAUACAUUGAUUGAGGCUCAGAAUUUUACAAUUCAACACCUCAAUGAUUUCUUAUUAUAUUCAUCACAUGAAAACGAAAAAUUGCACACGAGAUGGUUUAUCAAUGCAUAUGAGAAAGAAGAGAAGAUGAGGCCUGUUCUACUUGCGUUCGCGAAGUUGGACUUCAAUGUGGUUCAAAAUUUGUACAAGGGAGAGCUCAAGGAUGUGUCAAGGCUAGCGCAAACAAAGGCUAACUCUCUCAUAGCGGCAGUCAAUAAUGUCUAUGAUGUCUAUGGCUCCCCCGAUGAGCUCGAGCUUCUCACAAAAGCAGUAGACAGAUGGAAUGCACUUGAUAUUAAUCAAUUGCCCGAGUAUAUGAAAGUAUGUUUCUUAGCGCUCUUCAACACAACAAGUGAUAUAGCUUAUGAGACGAUGAAAGAGAAAGGCCUCAAUAUCCUUCCAUUUCUGUAA